AAGAGACAGAAUUUGAUGGGGGAGAGAAAGACAGUCUCCAAAAUCGUUACAAAAAAGGCUAUUCAAUGGCAGAUUCAAUGGAUCCGAGUGCGACGACGACGGUCGCAUCCGACGCUCAGCCAGCAUCUGCAUCAACGAACGCUGGGAACACUAUCAAAUCAGAACCAGCAGAAUCUGAGACGUUGAGCCACUCCGCAGCUGCUGAGACCAAACCGGGCGCCGAUGCUCAACCCAAAUCCGAGCCCGCCGAUGCUGCUGACGCUGCUGACGCUGCUGCCGCUGGGCUGCCGGACGAUGCAACGCUACGUGCUGCGAUUGCCGACAUCCUGGCUGCAUCGGACUUGGACAGCGUGUCGUCGCGCGCAAUCCGCAAGCAACUCGAGCAGCAGUUUGGCGUCAAGCUCGGCAGCCAGAAGGACGCCAUCGACCAGAUUAUCAUGGAGAUCAUCAUGAGCGCGGAACCAGCCGAGGGUGCGCAGGACGACGAUGACGACGACGGCGAGCAAGACCAGGACGACCAGGAAGACCAGGAAGACCAGGACGAAGAUUCAGAGAUCGCUGCACCGGCGAAGGCUGGCAAGAAGAAGGCAGCCAAGAAGCGCAGCCAUGCAGAGUCCGAGCAGCGUGGUCGGGCCGACGGAAGCGACGUCGAUGGCGGUGAAGACGAGGACAAGGACGAAGCGGAUCAAAACGAGGACGAUGAUGAUGAUGAUGCAAAGCCCGCCAAGCGAAUCCGACUCGACAGCGACGCCGAUGGAACGCCGACGAGAAGUGGAUCGAGGCGUGCAGCGUCGUCGUCCGCAAAGAAGAGCCGGGCGAAAGGCUCGGGCAGGCACAAGAGCGCAGAGACGGUGGACAGCAGCGACGACGAGAGCUCUGCUUCGUCAAAGCCGGCAGCCAAGCGCAAAUCUACGGCAACCAAGGCCCGUGCAAGCAGUGCCGAUUCCCCACAACGUGCACGAGGUUGGGCUGCAUCGAACAAGGAUAUGGAACUCUCGCCAGCCCUGGCAGCCCUUGUCGGAGCACCUCAGAUGGCACGCCCGAAGGUCGUUUCAAAAAUCUGGGAAAUAGUCAAGGCAGAGAACUUGCAAGACCCCGACGACCGGCGUUACAUUCGCUGCAACGACGCCAUGAAGGCAGUCUUUGGGUCGGCGCGUGUGCACAUGUUUUCGAUGAACAAGGUCCUGUCCGAUCAUAUUUUCAAGAACGGCGAGACCACUUCGACAAAAAGCCGCGUGAAGGAGGAAGAGAGCAAUGAUGAUGAGGACGAUGAAGACGAUGAUGACGCUGAAGCAAAGCCAGCGGCGCCCAAACCCAAACCCAAAGCCCCAGCAGCAAAGUCCGCUUCUCCCAAGCGUGCUCCUGCAGCCAAGCCUGCCAAACCGGUUGCUGCCCUGACACGGCCGCUCACAGACGAGGAACUAGCUCGCCAAUUGCAAGCCGAAGUCAACGGUGGGCGUCAACGACGCGCUGCAGCGCCACUGCCUCGGAAACCGGCAGCAGAAGGCAAAAGCCGCGGCGGUGGUGGUGGCUUUUCAAAACCCGUUGGUGUUUCGCCCGAGCUGGCUGCAUUGCUGGGGGCGUCUGAGCUGCCGCGCUCGCAAGUCAUCAAAAAGUUGUGGGUUAUCAUUAAGGAACGCAACUUGCAGGAUCCGACAAACAAGCAGUUCAUUUUGUGCGACCCUCAGUUGGAAGCAAUUAUCGGCAAGCCGCGCGUGCAAAUGUUCAAGAUGACGCGGGAAAUCGAGCGACACAUCCAUCCGCUCAGCAAGGAGGCUAUUGCUGCGUAUCGUGCCAAGGCCGAGGCCAAUCCAACGACCGACGGUGCACCCGACGAUGACGAUGCGCCGGAAGGCGACGGAUUAGACGAAAGCGCGGAUGGCCCGACCGCCGCAACCGCAAUGGAUACGCAAUGAGGGUUGUUGCUGUUGGUGCUGUUGUUGUGUUGUUAUUGUUGCCGCAGUGUUGUUAUGGUCGUUACGUGGGUUGUAUGACAAUACCGUUCGUUUCAGUUCGAAUCGAAGUCAGUCCC